GUGAGAGAGCGCGCAGCAUUGUGUUUGCAGAGUACCUUCGCAUGACAGCAGCACUCCACACAAGCGACGUUUCGCCUAUACCUGGACAUCACACAGGGGCCUCGGCGACACGAGUCCACAGCCAGUUGUCUUAAGGAUGUCACGCCGGAGCGCUGAAGUUGCUCUGGAGAGAGACAGGUGCGACCGCACUGAGGGUUAGCAGAAGUAAAUCGAGGCGGGGGAGGGACACGGCGGAUCCCUUGAAUUUAGACCAUCGGGGACCAAAGACCCCAGCAUUUAGGAUUUUACUUCGGGAGGAAGUGUACAAGUGGAGCGGAUCAUCGCUGCGCACUUUUGUCGAAUCGCUGCCACAUCUCUGUCGAGUUGCUUUCCUGCUGCCAUGACAACGCAAGCCCCACCCCUGCUCCUGCUCACCCUGCUACUCCGAUUGGCCAACUCUGCUUUCCCUGAACAAACACAGCCACUGAGCACAGUCCCUGUGGGAGCUGUCAGACAGUACCCUGUGUUUGUGGGUCGAUCGCAGGGCUCGGUUCUGAGGCAGGAGCCCCUCCAUAUCCAGAGGAUUCUGCAGGUGAACCGCACUCUCUACAUCGGAGCCAGAGAUGAUCUGUACCGUGUGGAUCUGGAUGUGUUGGUGGGGGAGGAGAUGUUUUACAGCAGGAAGCACACCUGGAAAUCGAACCAGAAUGACAUCAGAGUCUGCAGGAUGAAAGGCAAACAUGAGGACGAGUGUCGGAACUUCAUGAAGGUUCUGCUGAGCCGGAGGGACGGCACACUGUUUGUGUGCGGAACCAACGCCUUUAACCCUCUGUGUGCCAACUACUCCACGGACUCUCUGGAGCUUCUUGGGGACACGAUCAGCGGGAUGGCGCGCUGCCCCUACGACCCGAAACAUGCCAACGUUGCCCUCUUCGCAGGUGGAAACCUGUUCACGGCGACAGUGACAGACUUCCUGGCGAUUGACGCUGUUAUUUACCGGAGCCUGGGGGACGGUCCAGCUCUGCGCACCGUCAAGCACGACUCCAAGUGGUUCAGAGAGCCCUAUUUUGUCAGCUCUGUGGAAUGGAGGGGCCACGUCUACUUCUUCUUCAGGGAGAUGGCAAUGGAGUUCAACUACCUGGAAAAGGUCCUGGUGUCUCGCGUGGCCCGUGUGUGUAAGAGUGAUCUGGGGGGCUCUCAGAGAGUGCUGGAGAAGCAAUGGACCUCCUUCCUCAAGGCUCGGCUCAACUGCUCGGUCCCGGGAGACUCUCUCUUCUACUUCAACGUGCUGCACUCCACCACUGGGGUCCUGCAGCUGGACGGGAGAGACGUGGUGCUGGGGGUCUUCUCAACACCGUCCAACAGUAUCCCCGGCUCUGCCGUGUGUGCGUUCGAUAUGGAGCAGCUGGACAGGGUGUUCCAGGGGCGUUUCAAGGAGCAGAAAUCUCCUGAAUCCAUCUGGACCCCGGUGCCAGACGAGGCUGUGCCCAGACCCAGACCCGGAGGCUGUGCACUUCCAGGCUCCAGGUUCAACUCCUCCAGCAGCUUCCCUGACGAGAUGCUGACCUUCGUGAAGACGCACCCCCUGAUGGACGAGGCCGUCCCCUCGCUGGGGCCCCAGCCCUGGAUCAUCAGGACCAUGGUCAGGUACCACCUCACCAAGAUUGUGGCGGACAUAGAGGCCGGCCCCUACAGAAACCACACGGUCCUCUUCCUGGGCUCAGACUCGGGGAGCGUCCUGAAAUUCCUCAUCAAACCCAAAAGUGAAAGCAACCCUGCCAACAGCAGCCUCUUCUUGGAGGAGUUCGAAGGAUACAAUCCUGACAAGUGCGGUGGAGAUGGCCCCGAGUCCAGGAGCAUGUUAGCCAUGUCUCUUGACAGGCCCAGCCGCUCUCUCCUGCUGGCCUUCCCCUCCUGUGUGGUCCGGGUCCCCCUCGCUCGCUGCCAGCAGCACUCCCUGUGCAUGAAGAGCUGCAUCUCCACUCAGGACCCGUACUGCGGCUGGACCAAGGGCAGCACCUGCUCCUUCCUUGAACCUGGGACCAGGCUCCCGUUCGAGCAGGACAUCGCUCACGGAAACACCUCCUACCUCGGGGACUGUCACGGCCUCCUGCAGGAGAGCUUCAUGGAGCAGCGGGACGGCCUGGUCUCUGUGAACCUGCUCGUGGUCUCUGCGGUCUCUGCCUUCGCGAUGGGGGCGGCGCUGUCGGGCCUGGCGGUCUGCUGGUUCAUGGGUCACCAGCAGCGACACUGUGCCCGCAGCGGGGCGGGCGGCUCGGGGGCCGUCCGGCGCAAAGGGGAAAAGGAGCAGAGCAUGGGGGGCUCAGUGGUGAGCGUGACCCGGCCCAGCGGGGGCCAGUCCGAGACCCUGCUGGCCCCCCUGAUGAUGCCAAACGGCUGGCCCAAGGUCAUGGGGGUGGCGGUGGGGGGCGUGCCGGACCUCGAUUCGGGGGGUCUCCUACCCACUCCGGAGCAGACCCCUCUGCAGCAGAAACGCUGCCCCCCGGGUCUCCGGCUGACCGGAGGGGACCCCAGCUGGGAACAGAGUCACUACCUGAACGCAGGCCCCGGCCCUUCCUCCUCCUCCUCCUCCUCCUCCGUCAUCUACCUGAGCUCCAAGCACCUGCCUAGGGAGAGCCGGCACUGCGUGCAGGGGGAGCAGAGAGAGCCCCAGCACUACCUCUCCCUGGCAGUGAGGGAGCGCUCCGACAGGCACAGCCCGGCUCUCAGGAACUCCUCCGGGGGGCACCCCUACCCCGUCACCCCGCAGGACAGCCCAGACAGAAGGAGGGUGGUCUCAGCCCCGAACACCCAGCUGGAUUUCGGAGAACACCUGCGCUGGAAUCCAGAGAGCCUCAGCUUCAACAGCAACAAUGGGUCGUCUUCCCAGAGCAGCCGUCAUUACAGCAAGCCCCCACCCCCCCACAGCGGUGACCACGCCUUCCACGGCCUGCUGAGGUCAUCACACCAGCCACACCCACCCGCCCUGAACGGCCUUGCUGUGCAAGGGAGGGAACAAGCGGACUCCAUCUGGCCAAUGAGAAACAAGUAAAAUAAAGAAAUAAUACACCUUGAAAAAUUACAAAAAUUGCCCAGUUACAAACGCCCUGUGCUCAGCCUCUCCUUCUCUCUCCCUCUGUCCUCUCUCUCUUUCUCCCCCUCCCUCUCUUACACUGUCAGAGCAGCAUCUCCACUUAGUGAUUUACAAAGUUAAUGCGAGCGUAAGAAAGACUGCAAAACCUUUACUAUGAAACCAUUGAUACGAAUGAUAUGAAGCCAUUGAUACGAAUGAUAUGAAGCCAUUGAUACGAAUGAUAUGAAACCAUUGAUACGAAUGAUAUGAAGCCAUUGAUACGAAUGAUAUGAAGCCAUUGAUACGAAUGAUAUGAAGCCAUUGAUACGAAUGAUAUGAAGCCAUUGAUACGAAUGAUAUGAAGCCAUUGAUACGAAUGAUAUGAAGCCAUUGAUACGAAUGAUAUGAAGCCAUUGAUACGAAUGAUAUGAAGCCAUUGAUACGAAUGAUAUGAAACCAUUGAUACGAAUGAUAUGAAGCCAUUGAUACGAAUGAUAUGAAGCCAUUGAUACGAAUGAUAUGAAGCCAUUGAUACGAAUGAUAUGAAGCCAUUGAUACGAAUGAUAUGAAGCCAUUGAUACGAAUGAUAUGAAACCAUUGAUACGAAUGAUAUGAAGCCAUUGAUACGAAUGAUAUGAAGCCAUUGAUACGAAUGAUAUGAAGCCAUUGAUACGAAUGAUAUGAAGCCAUUGAUACGAAUGAUAUGAAGCCAUUGAUACGAAUGAUAUGAAGCCAUUGAUACGAAUGAUAUGAAGCCCUUCCGCUCACAGCAGAGAAAACUCAAACCCUCGUCUCCACUGCCAGAGAAAAUCAAACAGCAAAGACUUGACUCGAGUCAAACCAGCUGCAAGUUCAAGAGGGCAGGCAGCUUCUGUUUAGAGACAAACAUGUGGGCCACUUACUGGUUAGGAAGAGAUAUUCACAUGAGAUUAUAAAAGAUUAUCCAGCCCAGCCCAGCCCAGCCCAGCCCAGCCCAGCCCAGUCCAGGGGUUUAGCAAGGAACCUCCUGAAAACACACCCCUCCCAAAGCCACUCAAUGAUUGUGACUGACUGGUCCCUGUUCUGCACAAUGUGGGUUUGUUUCCAUUGCCUUAGUGCUGAGGAGGAGUCUUGCAGGCAACGUAGACCCAGAUAAUCCUGAGCUGGGAGAGACAGCACAUAGCACAGGGAGGCUGCAUUAGAUGACAGUUUAGGCCUCCAUUUUGUUAAGUGGAAACAGCAAUAUAAUGCUUUUUGAAAUAAAAGUGAAAGUAUUUGACCCUGUCUAAAUAAAGGGGGAGAAACUUUAUUCAGAGCUCCCGAGAGUUUAACCUGAACUGGAGGGAUACCCGGAGCACCUUCAGCCCCCCCCCCCCCCCCCCCCCACACACACAAUGGUA